CUGGUGCUGACCGCAGUCCCUGUCCUUGCAGGACGGCCGUUCUCAGCGAGGGACCCUGCACCCGCUCCUGAGUGGCGACCAUGGGCCUGCUCGCCUACCUGAAGACGCAGUUCGUGGUGCACCUGCUCAUUGGGUUCGUCUUCGUGGUGAGCGGGCUGGUCAUCAACUUCGCCCAGCUCUGCACACUCGUCCUGUGGCCCAUCAACAAGCAGCUCUACCGCCGCCUCAACUGCCGCCUCGCCUACUCGCUCUGGAGCCAGCUGGUCAUGCUGCUGGAGUGGUGGUCGUGCACCGAGUGCACGCUGUUCACAGACCAGGCUGCGGUGGACCACUUCGGGAAGGAGCAUGUGGUCAUCAUCCUCAAUCACAACUUCGAGAUCGACUUCCUCUGUGGAUGGACCAUGUGUGAGCGGUUUGGCGUGCUGGGGAGCUCCAAAGUCCUCGCUAAGAAGGAGCUACUGUACGUGCCCCUCAUCGGCUGGACAUGGUACUUCCUAGAGAUCGUAUUCUGCAAACGGAAGUGGGAAGAAGACAGAGACACCGUGGUGCAAGGGCUGAGGCGCCUGUCCGACUACCCCGAGUACAUGUGGUUUCUCCUGUACUGCGAGGGGACGCGCUUCACGGAGACCAAGCACCGCGUCAGCAUGGAGGUGGCCGCCUCCAAGGGGCUGCCCCCCCUCAAGUAUCACCUGCUGCCACGCACCAAGGGCUUCACCACUGCGGUCCAGUGCCUCCGGGGGACAGUCACCGCUGUCUACGAUGUGACCCUGAAUUUCAGGGGGAACAAGAACCCAUCUCUGCUGGGGAUCCUCUAUGGGAAGAAGUACGAGGCGGACAUGUGUGUGAGGCGUGUACACAAAGGCAAGAUGUCCCCUGGUGUGUGUGUGAAGUCGUGUGGGAACCAUCGCCAUGUUGGUUCCCAUACUUGCUGUCGGCCCACCACCAGCUCAGGUGUUCAUCCUGAGAACGGCAUGUACAGACCACUCUGUCCUCUCUCCUCCUCUCAGGAUGCGCUACAGGAGACCUACAACCAGACAGGCACAUUUCCGGGGCAGCAGUUCAAGCCCGCCAGGAGGCCGUGGACCCUCCUGAACUUCCUCUGCUGGGCCACCGUCUUGCUCUCUCCUCUCUUCAGCUUUGCCUUGGGCGUCUUUGCAAGCGGAUCCCCCCUCCUGAUCCUGACGUUCCUGGGGUUUGUGGGAGCAGCUUCCUUUGGAGUCCGCAGACUGAUAGGAGUAACUGAAAUAGAAAAAGGCUCCAGCUAUGGAAACCAAGAAUUUAAGAAGGAAUAAUUAACGGCUGUGACUGAACACACAUAACCUGACGGUGGUAUCCAAUUAACUCAAUUAAAAACAGAACAACACACACAGAGCAGAGGAGAAAAAGACAUUUAGAAACUAUUUUUCUUAUUAACUGGUGACUAAUAUUAACAAAUAAAACUUGAGCCAAGAGUGAAGAACUUGGAAGACCCACUGGAUGGAGAUGGUCAGCCUCACGCCGGCCCAGGGCCAGCUGUCUCUGAGGGGUCAUUCAUGGCUAGGGGAGGUGGCUCCUGAGCCAGGCGGUCUCCAGAGACAGAUGAAUGGACACCGUGACUCAUGAACUCUGCUUCCAAGAGGGAGCCUCUGGCUGCUUUCUCUUCUUAAACUUAGAUCAAGUUUUUUGGUUUUUUAUCAGUUAUUUUAGGAACUUGACCUGGCCCCUCACCUCCUCCCCUGCACCCCCAAAAAACCGUCUCAACGAAUUUUCUGCUGUCCUCUUGGAAACGGACUGACUGGGUCGCGGUCCCCCCACCCCCUCGCUCCCCUGAGAACCUGCUCA